AUGUCGGCCUCCAGCGCGGUGCCGUCGGCCUCGGCCACCGAGACGUCUCCCCUCCUGAGCAUCGCACGGCAGCGCUAUGCCGUUCACUCUGCCUCGGAAACCCCGGCUGCCGAUGCCGACCUGGUGGACAUCACAAACGACCGGUAUGACCUAUCCACCUUCAAAGGUCGCCUGCUUCACUUUGCCUCGGUCACCUCGCCCCUCACCCUCCUGGCGUCCACCGCCGAGCUCAAGUCGGCCCAAGAACUGGUCACCAACUACGAAUCCAAGUUCCCGACCAAUCGCACGACGGGUACCUACCUCGUGCCUCGAUCGGAGGCGGAGAAGUACUGGAAAGCGCGCCAACUGGUCGACUCGUCCGUCCACCCGGAUACAGGCGAGGUGAUUCUGUUGCCGUUCCGAAUGGCCGCCUUCGUCCCCACGAACCUGCUCGUGGUCGGGGGCAUGUUGAUGCCCAAUCCCAGUUUGGCCGGGAUCGUCUUCUGGCAGUGGAUCAAUCAAUCCCUCAACGUAGCGGUCAACUAUAGCAACGCCAACAAAUCCGUGCCGAUGAACAUGCGCGAGGUAGGACUGGCGUACGCUGCCGCUACGACGAGCGCGGUGGGAAUCGCAGUGGGCAUGUCCAGAGGCGUACCCAAGCUGCGGGUCAGUCCGGGCGUCAAGGGUGUUCUGACGAGUUUGGUGCCGUUCGUUAGUGUCGCCAGCGCCGGUAUUGUGAAUAUCAGCUGUAUGAGGUGGAAGGAGAUCAAGGAUGGAGUGCGCGUGUUUGUACGCGAUGACGAAGGUCAGAGACAGCAUGUUGGCGAUAGCAGUGUUGCUGGACGUCGCGCCGUGGCUAUGACCGCCGCAAGUAGGGUUUUGACCAACAUUCCAACACUCAUCCUGCCCCCUUUGGCCCUCAAGUUCCUCCAACGCGCCAAGGUGAUCCCGGCCAGCGGAGCCCUCACCCGCGCCAUCGAUCUGACUCUCAUCGGCACCAGUCUGCUCGUCUUCCUCCCCCCAGCCAUCGCCACCUUCCCCCAGGUCGCCCGCAUCAACCCCAUGCUCCUCGAGGAGCGAUUCCACAACUUGAAGGACGCUAAUGGAAACCCCGUCACAGAGGUCGAGUUCAACAAGGGUCUCUAG